AUGGUGGCCCAGCCCCAAGGCAACCUGUCUCUCUUCCCCAGCCCGAGCUCGUCCGAGCCUCCGCACCUGACCCGGCCGCAAGCACCGUCGGCACCGCGCGGCCAGCCCUCUUCAGGAGAGCCUCGAGGGCCGAGAACACAGCCCGUGCUCCGUAUCCGGACAACCGACGAUGACUCCGCCCAACGCCCGGCCUUCAGGCCCAUCGAGUUCGAUCCGCCUCGUCGGGAUCAAGGCCGCGUUGACACAUCUGGCCACGGCCACGGAGACGGAGACGUCGGCCCCGCGCCCUCGUCGGAGCCGCAGCCGGCCCUGAGAUCCAUGUUCCCCAUGUAUAAUCCCAGCCUGCCCCUGGACCAGCAGCAGUACGCACCCACCCAGACGAGCCCAGCCCAGUUCCCCCGGGCAGUCAUCAGCCGGCAGUCGUAUUACCAAGAGCCGCCGACCUCGCCGGAAGCCGUGGGUCGCCGGGAACCCGCCCCGGAGAGCAGAUGGCCGCCCGCCAGGCUGCCCGCCCGCGAGCCCUCUGCCAUGCCCCGGCCGAGCUCCACAAGCCAGCUCAGGGGCCUGUGGAAGGCCGCUAACGGGUGGAAGGCACGCGGCUCCGAGGGCCGCGUCUACUGUCUCUCCCUGUCGAGGCUCCGUGACGCCCCCGUGUACACCUGCUCGUCCGCCUCGUCGCAGCCCUUUUACAACCUCCGCCUGGAUCCCACCUCGGCUUCCGCCUACGUCGCCAUGACCCGGCACGACCCGGGGAAGCCGUACAAGCCCCCCAAGCCUGACGCCGUCUCCUCCUCUCCGUCCGGUAGCGAACACAGCGGCAGCAGGUCCUCGGACACCAAGGGCUGGCACGAGGCCCUCACGACGACCCUCGAAGAGGAUUCCCGCAGGCACCCGCCCCACGACGGCCUGGUGGCGCUGCUCAUGCCGACGCCGGCUGCCAAGAUGGCCCUGGAGAGAGCCGACGACCCCGUUGCUGUCGCGACGGCCGAAAACGAGUGCGCCCGCCUCGUCUGGGAUGACGACGCAGCCACCCACUUCCUCGUCCACCCGGCGCUCGCGACCCCCUUCAGAGCCACCAUCGAGGGCUUCCCCGCCUACUCGCGCACAGAGUACACGCUCGAGCAUCACGAGUCCCCCAAGCACCUUGCCAAGCUGACCCGCGACGGCACCGGCGGCGGCUGGAUCGAGAUCGACACCACAGUCGCCUCCAUGAUCGACUCCUACUACAUUAUCGACGUAGUCGUCGCGGCUCUGAUCCUCGUGGCCUCUGCCGACGACAGAAACACGCCGUCUCCUCAGGAGACCUUCGAGCCGCCACCGCUGCCGCCACGUGCAGUGCUCGCCGGCGGGACAAAGCGCAGCUCUAGCCGGUUCGGAGUCCCGGGUAUGCGACGCAAGGAUAGGAAACGGAGUGGGCGAAAAGUAGAAGAGUUUGAGAUGGACGUCGAGAGUCAAGAUGGGAGCAUGGGCAAGAGCAGCGGGGUCAAGCGCGCCGAGUCCAAGCACGCCGAGUCCAAGCGGCCCUUUGUGCUCCGGGCGAUGAUCAAGGUCGCCAAGGGACUGUUCAAGUGCGCCAUGUGGGUGGCGACCAUCUUGUUCAAGUGCGUGGCCGGCGUCUUCAAGCUGUUGUAUAGAUGCGUGGGGUCCAAGUAUUGA